UUAAUAUAACAUCCUCGCAGUCAAUACACAAUAUUGAAUAUUAAUAAGUAACCGAACGUCUUCUAAGUAUGGAUUGUUAUGUUACCACCGUUAUAGCUACAGCAGCCACAGGACUUGGGUUAUAUCUUGUUCUGCGUGUGUUAUUGCGGGCUAAGAAGCCUGAUAUCUUCAAUUUUGAGCCGUCUAUUGAUGACAAUGGUCGAUUGCAGAGRACSCUUGAUAUGUUUGAAAAAAUGUACAUGUCGAUUAUCGGUGACCUCAAGGACGGCUCUGGAAACGAUGUCACUGUCCUAAUUGUGAAGUCUAGCGUUUCACUGGAGCCUGCUAUGGUGAAGAAAGCUUUGCUUUUGGUCCAGAAACGCUACCCUCUACUUCGCAUGAGAGUAAUUCGCAGCAUGCCUAUGAUGUUCAAAGAGAUGAAAGACCGUUUUAAGGUCGAUUUCAAAACUAUGAACUUCUAUGAUGCACAAGAAUGGGUCCAAGCAUUUGAAGAWGAAAGUCGUAUUCCGUUUGACUUGGAUCAAGGACCACUAUGGCGAGUGUCGAUGCUUAAAGAACACUUUGAUGGAGACCAUUUUGAGAAUAGCUUGCUGUUUACUUUCAGUCAUAUCAUAUGCGAUGGAACCUCCAUUAUGUCAUUGUAUAACACUUUCUUCCAGUAUCUGRAUGAUCUACAAAAGGGAAAUAWUGUURACGUUGAAAGUAUGGCUUUGAUUCCUCCUCUARSUCACUUCAUAGGUCAUAAGCUUCACCCAAGUYUUUUGGAGAAGUGCCUCUUUAMAAUKYUGCCAACUUUAAUGAAGRUCAAAAGUAUGUUCRUGAAACCAGCUCAAAAYGUCUAUUUGGCRRCMUUCCCACCACCAAUCUUGCAGAAUCCAUCAAUCGUCAAGAGAACAAGCGUCAUUCCAGUAGUUUUGAGGAAAGAUGAGCUCUCACAACUGCUAAUGCUCGGCAAGAAACAUGGRUGCACGUUUCAYAGCGUUAUUACUGCUGCAACUCGUCUUGCCAUGGCACAAAUCCUGAAUACAGGCUCAGCAAAGUCAAAGUCUGACAUAGUCAGCUUUGUGAAUGGGUUUCCCAUCUCUUCGAGAAAUGACGCACAGCCUCCAAUUUCGAAGGAAGAAUUUGGACUCUUUGUUACUACACUACAAAUGGAUGUCCCCACUCCCUCUGUAGAAAAGAUCAGCCCUCGAGAUUUUUGGGACUUUGCGAAAGAAUGCCAUGCCAUUAUAAAGAAAUUAGUUCAGACCGACGACCGUUUUAAGCUCUUGAAAUUCGUCCUCGGAAAUACUGAUUUSGUUAAAGAACUACUGAUAUCUCUGGAUGAACCCUCUAAUUGUGGCCGUUAUGAUCACGCAUUUAGCAUCUCCAACAGAGGUCGCUUUGUCAUUGGUGAGCCAACUGAUGUUUUCCAGUUUGGUGGCACGUACUUUGCCAUGGCUGAGCAAACUAGAGGACCGCCAUUUUGUCAUAAUGUUGUGUCAGUGAACGGUGAUUUGUACUGGGGAUUGGUUUAUUAUCCCCAUAUUAUCACCAAAGAACAAUCACGACGCAUUCUCGAACUGUCCUUGGAUAUUCUUAAAGUGGCUGCCUCAUCUAUGGACUGAUAUAGCGAUGACUACAGUUGACUGUAAACUAAGCGACGCAGGCAGGAUUAGAAUUGUUUUGGUUUUUUGUAGUUUCUUUCUAGAAAAAAAGAUAAAAAUAAACAAACAAACAAACA